UGGUUAACUUACAGGGGCGGGACUUCUCGUUGCUUAGUGAUCCCACAACAAGAUGAACUUGUCUCGCUUAAAAGCAGAGACCAGUGGGAGUAAAUUAACUGAUGCUAAAGGGAAAGAGAAGGCCAAAGACGUCCUCCCUACUCUAGAGGGCUUGCUGUCAAUCAGAGACUACACUGGCGCUAUUACUCUUUUAAAGUUUCAGAAGAGCACAGGAACUGCUGACAUUGGGACUGGACUCUGGCUAGCUUAUGCUGCUUUUCAUAAUGGGGACUAUGAAACAGCUAGAAAGGAGUAUGAAAAUAUGACAAAGGUUGAGUCCUGUCAUCCUGACGUGUGGUCUAAUCUUGGCUGCUGCUAUUUCAUGCUUGGAAUGUAUGACGAAGCAAAAUCUGCUGCAGAAAAAGGUCCCAGAAGUCGGUUGCAGAACAGAUUAUUGUUCCACUUGGCAGAAAAGUCAGGAGAUCAUGAUACAUUGAUGACACAUCAUCAAAACUUGCAAAAUGUUCUUGAAGAUCAGCUUAGCUUAGCUGCAAUGAACUAUCUUCGAACACAUUAUCAUGCUGCAAUUGACAUAUACAAGAAACUGUCUCAAGAUAACAGAGAUAUGCUGGCCCUUAAUGUCUACUCAGCGAUGUGCUAUCACAAGUUAGACUAUUAUGACGUAUCGCAGGAGAUGCUUGCAACGUACGUUCAGAUGCACCCGGACAGCAUAAUGGCGACCAAUCUCAAAGCAUGCAACAACUACAGGCUCUAUAGCGGCAAAGCUGCCGAGGCUGAGCUCAAGCAACUCAUGGACCAGCUGUCGUCAAAUUAUGUCUUUGGUCAGGAGAUCAUUAAGCAUAAUCUUGUCAUUUUCAGAAGUGGCGACGGAGCGUUGCAAGUAUUGCCGGGUCUCAUCGGCAUCAUCCCUGAAGCAAAACUCAACUUAGCCAUAUACCACUUGAAGCACAGUAACGUUGAUGAAGGAUAUGCCUUGCUUAAAGACAUGGCCCCGACCAUUCCACUGGAGUAUAUACUCAAAGCUGUGGCAUUGACUUUAGUUGGCCAAGAACACAACUCUUCUGAACAUCUCAAGUUAGCUCAGCAGUAUUUCCAGUUGGUAGGGAGUUCUGUCAGUGAAUGUGACACCAUACCUGGUCGUCAGUGCAUGAUAUCCUAUUUAUUCCUAAGAGAGGAGUAUGAGAAUGCUAUGGUAUACCUCAACUCAAUCAAAGGAUUUUUCUUUAACGAGGAUACGUUUAAUUUUAAUUUUGGACAAGCAAAAGCAAUGUUAGGCCAAUAUGCUGAAGCCCAAGAGGCAUUCUUACAAAUAGCUUCAGAGACACUCAAGAAUAAUUAUUUAUACAUUAGCUGGCUUGCUCGAUGCUACAUUAUGAACAGGAAGCCUGAGAAAGCAUGGGAGCUCUACAUGAAAAUGGAGACUACAGCAGAAUCUUUCAAUCUGCUACAACUCAUUGCAAAUGACUGCUACAGAAUGGGCCAGUUCUUGCAUGCAGCACAAGCCUUUGAUCUAUUGGAGCGUCUUGACCCAUGCCCCGAGUAUUGGGAUGGUAAGAAAGGAGCUUGCAUUGGAGUAUUGCAGCUAGUAAUAGCUGGCCAAGAGCCACAGCAUUCACUGACAGAGAUAGUCCAAUUGCUACAGAGGACUCAGCAGCCACAGGCUGAGCUCAUAUUGAAAGCCAUCAGUAAAUGGGUAAGGGACACACGGAUGCUCUCACCUCAAAGAUAAAGGACAAGUGCAAAACCACAUCUGUAUCUCGCUCACUCUUUUAAAUCAAAAUUUUUGAAAAAGAGAAUAAUUAUUCAUAAA